AUGGAUACUCAGACAGGAUCAGUGGAUGAGGAGAAUGGGCGUCAGCUUGGGGAGAUUGAGCUUCAAUGUGGCAUCUGCCUGAAGUGGUUUGGAGCAGAUACAUUUGGUAUAGAUACUACGUCUUGUCUUACAUUUAUGACCAACUACAGCUUCCAUUGUAAUGUAUGCCAUCACAGCGGAAACACAUACUUUCUGAGAAAGCAAGCCAAUUUGAAGGAAAUGUGUCUCACCACUUUAGCAAACUUAACAUGGCAGUCUAGAAACAAAGAUGAGCAUCCAAAAACUAUGUUUUCCAAAGACAAGGAUAUAAUUCCAUUUAUUGACAAGUAUUGGGAGAGCCUGACCACACGACAGAGACCGGGAAAGAUGUCCUGGCCAAACAGUAUUGUGAAAACUAUGACUAAAGAGCGAGAUGUGUUUUUAGUGAAAGAACACCCGGACCCAGGCAGCAAGGACCCAGAAGAUGAUUAUCCAAAAUUCGGCCUCCUUGAUCAGGAUUUGGGAAACAUCGGUCCAGCUUAUGACCAGAAGCAGAGCAGUGCAGUUUCUACUGCAGGAGGAUUAAAUGGCUCAGCAGCUGCCAGCUCUGCAAAAGGUAGAGGAGCAAAGCGCAAGCAGCAAGAUGGAGGUUCUACUAGCGCAGCAAAACGAACCCGAAGCGAUCCACUAUUUGCAGCGCAGCGUCUUCCUCCUCAUGGCUAUCCACUUGAGCACCCCUUUAACAAAGAUGGGUAUAGGUACAUUCUGGCAGAGCCAGACCCCCAUGCACCAGAUCCUGAGAAACUGGAGUUGGACUGCUGGGCUGGAAAACCGAUCCCGGGAGAUCUGUACCGAGCUUGUCUGUAUGAAAGGGUGCUGCUUGCCCUACAUGACCGUGCUCCCCAGUUAAAGAUCUCAGAUGACCGACUGACUGUAUUAGGAGAGAAGGGCUAUUCUAUGGUCCGAGCAUCCCAUGGCGUACGCAAAGGGGCCUGGUAUUUUGAAAUCUUUAUAGAUGACAUGCCACCGGAAACCGCUGCCAGACUGGGCUGGUCUCAGGCACUAGGUAAUCUUCAGGCUCCUCUAGGUUAUGAUAAAUUCAGCUACUCCUGGCGCAGCAAGAAAGGCACCAAGUUUCACCAGUCUAUUGGAAAGCAUUACUCUGACGCUUAUGGACAGGGCGACACGUUGGGAUUUUAUAUCUGCCUGCCAGAUGAAACCGAGACUGCUCAGGCUCUGCCUGACACCUACAAAGACAAGGCAUUGAUCAAAUUCAAGAGUUACUUGUACUUUGAAGAAAAAGACUUCGUGGAUAAAGCUGAAAAAAAUUUAAAGCAAACGCCUAGCAGUGAGAUUGUAUUCUUUAAGAACGGUGCCAACCAGGGCGUGGCCUAUAAAGAUGUUUUUGAAGGUGUAUAUUAUCCUGCCAUAUCGCUCUACAAGGGCUGUACUGUGUCUAUAAACUUUGGACCACAUUUCAAAUACCCUCCAAAGGAUUUGUCAUUCCGUCCAAUGAGUGACAUGGCAUGGAUGGCAGUUGUUGAACAUACAUUAGCAGACGCUCUAUACCAUGUGGAAACAGAGGUUGAUGGCAGAAAGAGUCCUCCAUGGGAUGCUUAA